AGCCCGUGGAUCUGUGCUUAUGUGUGUAUGUAGCGCAAGCGUGUGCUUACUACAUGUGUACACACCAACACAUGUGCGGUUGUGUGUGCACGCAGAACAAUAGCAAGUAAGGCAGUAGAUCGCUUUAUUAUGACAAGAAAGUAUCAAUUCCACACAAUCUGAUGAAUGUGUAUAUCGGAUUUAAGAUAAGCAGAUCAAGAUCUCGACGACAAGAAGAAAAUCAUUUUAUAAAACUUUAGUAUAAGCGAUUAUACGAUUUUAGUCUUCCCACAGACACCGAACCCCGCUGCUUUGUUGGUGCAAAGACUACAAUAUUUCACCUCUGCUGUUCUUGAAAAUUGCACAUAUAAAUUCUAAAUACGUUAUUAUUGUUGUUGGUGGAUUUUUUGUUGUUUUAGUGUUAUUACCGCACAACCCCAUAACCCCACCACCCUUACAAACUCCACCACCCUCAAUUCCCCCACCUUAAACCAUUUACAUAUUAAGAGGGUUUUUGUGUGAAAAUUCCCAACACUUAAGUUUAAAUAAAGUCAAAAGAACAACAAAAAAGAGAAAUUAAAAUAAAACAAAAAACAAAACAAACAGCUAAAAAACAUCUAAAAAAGAGCUAAAAAAUGGGUGGCGAAGACACUGCGACUGAGACGCAAACCGAAAAAGCGGAACACACGAAAUUCGCAAAGUUCUGCCAACGCAAAGGCAUCAAUCCCAAUCUGAUAAUGCUGAAGAUUACUUUGUUCGUCAUGUACGGAGCCACCUCAUCCUUGCUGCCAUACCUAACCAUACACAUGCAAAGUAUUGGCUUAACAGUUGAGGAAAUCGCCAUCAUUUAUUUAGCUUUGCCGUUCACAACGUUCCUGAGCCCACCCAUAACAGGCUUUCUAGUUGAUAAAUUUGGUAAAUACAAGCCUGUGGUUAUAAUGUCACUACUAUUGAAUGCGAUUUUCCAUCAUGCGUUGCUGUUCAUUCCACAGCAGGAGAUUCCAGGCAACAUUCCGGAUGCAUUUGUCAUACGCCAUCCUCACAGCGGCGAUAUUGAGGUUUGGUGGUCACCGUGCCCUAGUCGCGAAUGCCCAGAGGAACCUCAACUUGAAUUAGCUGUAAAUCAAUGUGUGGAUUAUUGUCUACUGCAGCAGAAUACCAAACUAUACUUACCACCAACUGAAAAUUAUGAAGAAACAACGACAAGUAACUUGCUCCCAGCAACAAUGUCAGCAUUGGCAACACAUACAACGGCAGCAACAUCAUUACUUUAUUCCACAACCGCAACAAUUCCACCAGCUUCGUCAGCACCAUUUGUUUCUCCUGGUACUGGUACUGGUACUGGUGUUGCCGGACCACAUUCCUCAACAGCAAAAAGUAAAUAUGAAGAUGUACUUAAUAUGUCAUCGACAAUGUUCCCGCCAGAGAUGACAGGCGCACCAGCAAUGUCCAUGCUGCAAGAGGGUUUGAAUCAGCUUUCCGAAAAUGUAAAAAAAACAUACGAGAGCUGGGUGCACUCGGACAAUAAUGAUGCGACAUUCUUUAUGUUGGAAAUGCACCCUGAUUUAGCUGAUCCCAUAGAACAGUUGGGUAUGGAGAUUGAAUCCGAUGAUAAUGAAACUGUGACGGAUUUUAAGAAGCGUUUCGGCGAGAAGCUGUUGGUGCAAAUGCAAAUUAAUGUUACCGAUUUGGAGGAGUUGGACAUACGUUGUGGUGGUUUAGUGAGACGUUCAAAUAUAUCACAUGUAUCAAAUGAAACAGUACGUUGCAUGGUGCAACGUUGUAGCUUUACAAUGAAUGCCCCAGAAAUUUGUCCACCUGAUUAUAAGGAAACUGAUGAUACCAUUUUCUACAUAUACUUCCUGUUGAGAUUUUUAGCUACCACUAUGUUAUCGGCUGGUGUGACAAUAAUGGAUCCCAUUGCUUUGACUAUGAUUGAGAAAUAUGGUGGGGAUUUUGGUCGUGAACGUUUAUUUUCCAGUAUUGGCAUGGCUAUUUUUUCGCCAAUUACUGGUAUUAUGAUCGAUUAUUUCUCACGUGGUCUGGGUUAUACAGACUAUUCGGCCGCUUUCUACACAUAUGAUAUACUGCUAGUUAUAUCAACACUAUCGGUAAUGGCUAUGCCUUUGGGUGAAAAGUUACCAGCUGACAAUGUAUUCCGUGAUCUGUGGAACUUAUUGAAAAUGCCACAUGUCAUAAUAUUCGUGAGCUUUUUGUUUGUACUAGGAAACUUCUGGGGCUUUAUUGAAAGUUUCCUCUUCCUCUAUUUGAAGGAAUUAGGAGCGCCCAAUUAUUUGCUUGGCAUAACCAUUACUGUGGGAACCGUCAGCAGUAUUCCAUUUUUGUACACAGCAGAAAAAAUCACAAAACUGUUUGGACAUGUCAACUUAAUCAUUAUUGCAUUCUUCUCACAUGCUGGGCGCCUAGUUGGGUACUCCUUUAUCGAAAAUGCUUGGUGGUGUUUCCCCUUCGAAGCAAUGGAGGCACUAAGCUGUCAUCUGAUGUGGGUGGCGGCUGCCACAUACUGUUCCAUUUUGGCACCAAAGAGUUUAUUAGCAACGUUGAUUGGUGUUUUGGGCAUGGCACAUUUCAGUUUGGGUCGUGGAAGUGGUUCUUUCACCGGCGGUUUAUUAAUUGGCCAAUUUGGCACAAGAGAUGCUUUUCGUUAUAUGGGUACAUUGGCUGUGCUUGGUGGUAUUGCAUAUGGUAUUUUACAUUUAGCAUGGCUACGUAAAUUCGAUCAUAAUAUCGAUGAGUCAGAAGAAGAUGUCGAAGGUAUGGAAAGUGGUGAAAUGGAUAAAUUAACUGAGCCGGCUACAAAAGAGCAAGGCACGUCAAUGUCGCUGGAACGACUCAGUCUGAUGAUAAAAUAUAAUCAAAUUGGUAGUUUGACAUCAUUGCCAAGAGGCUCAAGAGCUGAUAUACAUGACCAUUUGUCACAUCGUCGCAGCAGCUACAAUGUGGAAUCGAUAAUCCGUGUGCCUAAGCAAGGAAUUGGAAGUGCUUCGAAAGUUGAUAUUUUGCGUUCGGCAUUGGAAAUAAAUCACAAAUCCUCAAAUAAUUCGGUACUCAGUAAGGCCGAUAACAAAACUUCAAAUCAAUCAUUGGGACGAAAUCGUGCCGACAGCGCACCAAAAUUGAAUCACACCAACAUGAAGAACAUUUCGCAGCCUGCCUUGGAGGGUGUCGUGCUUGAGGGUGUGGAAUCGACUUUUUUCCCAAGUCGCAUGAAAAAGUAUCCGAGUGGUUUGUUAACAUCAAUACCGGCAGUGGAUUUAUCCGUUAUACCAAGCUCCAAGUUAACG